AUGAUUGACACGAAAUUUCUAUCACAUAUUUAUAAGGAAUAUAAAUGGACAAAAGAAGAAUGCAAGGAUAAGCUGUUGAACAAAGAAAAGAAUAUCGGGUUGAAGAUCACCAAAAUGACCUGGAAUGCAUGGUCAUUUCGAAGUGAACUAUCACACUCCAGUAACAACACCAGGCGAGGCCAGGCAAUAGGUCGCAAUAAGCAAAAAGCCUCAUUUCAAAGAGUACGACUGGUUACUACUGAUUACUACUGGAUGACAAUUUAUUACUGGGAGUAUGACCUUUGCGAAUCAACACAACAAUUGACAAGACUCGCAACAACAGACAAAAUUUGUUCACAUCCCCCACAAUCCCCGCCCUUCCACGAAGAUCAAUCUGACAACAUCUUCGUUGCCACCUAA